AUGAGCGGAGCUAAGGGUAAGAAGAAGGGAGCGAGCUUCGUGAUCGAUUGUGCGAAGCCGGUGGAGGACAAGAUUAUGGACAUUGCUUCUCUAGAGAAGUUUCUUCAGGAGAGGAUUAAGGUCGGCGGCAAGGCCGGUGCACUCGGUGAUUCCGUUACCGUCACUCGGGACAAGAACAAGAUCACUGUCUCCUCUGACAGCAACUUCUCUAAAAGGUAUCUGAAAUAUUUAACCAAGAAGUAUUUGAAAAAGCACAACGUGAGGGAUUGGCUUCGGGUGAUUGCAUCCAACAAGGACAGGAAUGUCUAUGAGUUGAGAUACUUCAACAUAGCUGAGAAUGAGGGUGAAGAGGAAGACUGA